CCUUCCCAUCUCAUAAUUUAUUAUCUUACUUACAUACCUACAUGUCUUCAUGACCCAAGCGUUAGAGGCGAUAUUCCCACCAUGUCCGAAUACUGGAAAUCAACACCUAAAUACUGGUGUAAGCAUUGCAGCACCUACGUACGCGAUACCAAACUCGAGCGUCAAAAUCACGAAGCUACCGCCAAGCACCAAGGCGCUUUAAAGCGUUUCCUGAGAGACCUACACCGAAAUCACGAACAAGAGCAACGAGAGAAAGAUCGCGCUAAGCGGGAGGUCGAGAGACUCAAUGGCGUAGUCGGUUCCUCUUCGGAUCAUCGUCAUGUAGCGAGUAGUAGUAGAACAUCAGCUUCAACCUCGUCGCAAGCGCAAACACAAGCCGCCGGUUCGCAGCGUCAACAGCAAUGGGAGCAACUGGUCGAGAUGGGCAUUGAAGUGCCAACCGAACUAAGAAAAGAGAUGGCCAUGGCCAGCGAAUGGACCGUUACUAGCGAGAGGAUUAUCGAUGAUACACCCAAGGCCGAAAACGAAUCAGAUACCAAACCUCAAAACGUCGAUGCCAUCGCGUCUGGCGUACGGAAGCGACCGAAACGUGAAAGUGAAGCAGAGGAGGAAGAAGAGGAGAAUGCAAUUAAGAGUCUAUUUAAGAAGCCUAGGAAAUGGGGUCGCGAUACAAAACAGGCUCCGGAGGACGAUGCAGAGCUAGACGCCCUGCUCAGCGGUGCCCUAACGAAACCACCCAAGUCCGAGGAUAACCCUCAGAAUUAUAUCGAUGAAAAAGCCAACCCACCGAGCGAGACGAAAGAAAACCCAACAUCUGAUAUAAAAAAGGAGGAAACAACCGACAACCAAGCUCUAUGGUCUAUUAAACCAGACCCCCAAGAAACCCAAAAGAAUCAUCAAGAUGCGCCCGUCAAACAAGAAGGGGAUGCGGAGAGCGACCCGCCAACUGUGGUUUUUAAGAAGCGAAAGCCUAAGAACAUCCGUCAGAGAUGAGCCCCGUCUAGCGGGAUUUUAUUCUAGCAGCGUUGGUCUACUUAGACAUUGUGUCCCUAGGUUCUACUCGAGGUAGUCUAAGUAUCGCAAAGCUAAUCGCUUGGCUUCCUAUUAUUAUAUCUAUACGGAGCGUGUACUACUAUUCGCGUCGUGGCGUGGGGAGUCCGGAUCUCGUAACCAGCAUCAAAAGCUAUGAGCAUGUUGUCUACUCGAUAGACCGGUUAGCAAAUAACCUGGACGCGAGCUUCCUAAUUGCCGAGGGAAUCGGCACAUAAGCGGCAAGAAAGCAAAGAGCUUGCCGUAUACAAUACGGGGUAUCCCCUCGAGGAUAUCCAA